UAGAAGAAACGUCGAAACUGUCAAAAGUCGGAAAGUUGCAAGAGAAGUACCUCCCAUGUAUGAUCUUGUUAGGAUUUUAUAUAAAUUUAGUAAAUAAAACUUUUUUUAAGUAAUAGUUAAAAUGAUAUUAUUGGAAAUAAAUAACAGGGUAGUGGAAGAAACUUUAACUUUAAAAAUAAAAAACGCUCAAGCUGGUUUAAAAAACGAGAGCAUAGAUAUUACUGUAGCUGAUUUUGAUGGAGUUUUGUACCAUAUAUCAAAUUUGAAUGGAGAUAAGACAAAAAUACGAACUAGUAUCUCAUUAAAAUUUUAUAAACAAUUGCAAGAGCAUGGUGCAGAUGAAUUAUUGAAAAGGGAAUAUGGACCAUACCUAAUCGCUCCAGAAAAUGGUUAUAAUGUAUCUGUAUUGUUAGAUCUAGAGAACAUUCCUGAGAAUUGGCCUGAAUUUGUAAAAAAGCUUGGUCUGCUAAAAAGGAACUGUUUUGCGUCAGUUUUUGAAAAGUAUUUUGACUUCCAAGAGAAAGGCGAUGAAGGUCAGAAAAGAGCCGUUAUUCCGUAUAGAGAUGAUGAAACUCUUUAUGUUGAAGCUAAAGCUGACAGAGUGACAGUAGUAUUUUCGACACGUUUUCGAGAUGAAGAUGAUGUUGUGAUCGGGAAAGUUUUUAUGCAGGAGCUCAAAGAAGGUCUUAGAGCUUCCCACACUGCUCCACCAGUGCUUUUUAGCCACAGAGAACCUCCGCUCGAGUUACAGAAUACCGAUGCUGUCGUUGACAACAAAGUCGGAUACGUAACAUUCGUUCUAUUUCCUAGACAUACAGCCAGAAAUACACGUGACAACACUAUUAACCUAAUUCAUAUGUUCCGUCACUACUUGCAUUACCAUAUUAAAUGUUCUAAAGCAUACAUCCAUAGUAGGAUGCGAGCAAAGACUUCUGAUUUCCUGAAAGUGCUGAAUAGAGCUCGCCCAGAAAAUAAGUCUACAGACAAGAAGACGAUCACCGGAAGAACUUUUAUAAGAAGAGAUUAAUGUCAAUGGAAAUAGUGAAUCGACUUAAACAA